AUGAACAUAUCAGCAGACAGCAGCAUGCAAAAGAACAUCUCCAUGGUGAUGGUCCCAUUUCAGAUUGUUGUGACCAAGAACGUGAUUGUGGUGAUACUCUGCAUCACCAUCAACUACAUCAAUGGCACCUUAGUCCACACCUUCUUCAGGCAUGAGAUCUUCAAAGAGAACCCACGUUACAUCCUCUUCAUCCAUCUGGUCCUCAAUGAUAUGAUCCAGUUGAUCAUUAGUGCUUUGCUACAUGUGAUUCGCUACAUCUUUUUCAAAGUCAAUGUCUCAUUCUGCUGCUUCCUCCUGAUAAUCGCCAUCUUCACAACACUCAACACCCCGCUGAACCUGGCUGGCAUGGCCUUUGAGUGCUAUAUCGCUGUCUGCAACCCACUGCGCCACACCCAGAUCUGCACCGUGAGUAGGACCUACAUCCUCAUCGGCAUCAUCUGGGCCGUGGGGGCCAUCUCCAUCCUGUCAGAUCUGUUUCUGCUCCUGGCGACAGAGUCCAAUGAGUUCUUCCUGUCUGCCAUUUUCUGCCACCGGGACCAGCUGUUCCGCCACGCUUUCAUGAAGAACAAGAGGGACAUCUCCCAUGCCAUCUGCCUGUCGUUUGUCUGGUUAAUCCUGGUCUUCACUUACUUUAAGAUCCUGUUUGCAGCCAAGGCUGUGAACAAAGAUGCCAGGAAAGCACGCAACACCAUCCUCCUGCAUGCUGCACAACUCCUCUUGUGCAUGUCAACCUACAUCGGUCCUCCUUUACAGAACUUGAUCAUGUACAUUUCUCCCAUUAAUGUGCCACAUAAGCAAUUCAUCAUGUAUCUCAUAAUUCAUAUUUUGCCAAGGUUUCUCAGCCCCAUCUUAUACGGCCUCAGAGACAAAUCCUUCCGGAAGUAUUUCAAGAGGUACUUUUUGUGUAAUGUGAAGGUUCGUGAAUCUGCUCUCAUCUGUGAAGAGAACAGGGCGCCAAUGGCGGACCUGCCAAUUCUGGUGGUCUCUUGCGAAUGCCAAUCGAGCUGCACCGCGCUGGGCUGUGAGGACAGGUCCUACUAG